UGUGAGCUUAAAUCUCCCUCUAUGAGUGAUUUCCUGUGGGGUCUAGAGAACUCUGGCUGGUUAAGGCACAUCAAGGCUAUCAUGGAUGCAGGAAUCUUCAUUGCAAAGGCAGUUUCAGAGGAAGGGGCAAGCGUGCUUGUUCACUGUUCCGAUGGCUGGGACAGGACCGCUCAGGUGUGCUCGGUGGCAAGCCUGCUGCUGGACCCGCACUACCGGACUCUUAAGGGCUUCAUGGUAUUAAUAGAAAAGGACUGGAUUUCCUUUGGUCAUAAGUUUAAUCACAGAUACGGCAAUCUAGAUGGUGAUCCAAAAGAAAUCUCUCCAGUUAUUGACCAGUUCAUUGAGUGUGUCUGGCAGUUAAUGGAACAAUUUCCCUGUGCCUUUGAGUUCAAUGAGAGGUUUUUGAUUCACAUUCAACAUCACAUUUAUUCCUGCCAGUUUGGAAACUUUCUAUGUAACAGCCAAAAGGAGAGACGAGAACUCAAAAUUCAAGAGAGAACAUACUCAUUAUGGGCUCACCUGUGGAAGAAUCGGGCUGACUACCUGAAUCCUCUAUUUAGAGCAGAUCACAGUCAGACCCAGGGAACCCUUCACCUUCCUACAACACCAUGCAACUUCAUGUACAAGUUUUGGAGUGGAAUGUAUAACCGUUUUGAAAAGGGGAUGCAGCCCCGACAGUCAGUUACAGAUUACCUCAUGGCAGUGAAGGAGGAAACUCAGCAGCUGGAGGAAGAGCUGGAAGCCUUAGAAGAAAGGCUGGAAAAAAUUCAAAAGGUCCAGUUAAAUCACACUAAGGUGAAGAGUAAGCAAAGUGAACCCAGCAAACACUCAGGGUUUUCUACCUCAGAGAACAGCACGGCCAACACUCCCCAGGAUUACAGUGGGAACAUGAAAUCAUUUCCGUCCAGGAGCCCUUCUCAAGGCGAUGAAGAUUCUGCUCUGAUUCUAACCCAAGACAAUUUGAAAAGCUCAGAUCCAGAUCUGUCAGCUAACAGUGAUCAAGAGUCCGGGGUGGAGGAUUUGAGCUGUCGGUCUCCAAGCGGUGGUGAGCAUGCACCAAGUGAAGACAGUGGCAAGGACCGCGACUCCGAUGAAGCCGUGUUUCUCACUGCCUGAAGUUUCCCUUUGGAGUUCCAAAGUAAGGGACUCACGAGCAGCACUUCCAAAAAUAAGGGAACUGUGCAAUUUGUCAUUAAAAAAACUUGAGAAAUGGUACAUGUCAUUAGGAAUUAUAAAAUGCAGUUAUGAAAAUCCAACUCUUAGUUUCUUCAGAUGAUGAAGAGGAGGAAGUAGCCGUUUCUUUUAUCAAAUAUAAGGAAAAUUAUUCACCAUUUUGAAACCCAUUCUAGACUAUGAAAAUUGUAAUCACUGCAGAGCAAUUACUGCUAUCAUUACCCAAAUUCUCAAUAUAUUUUCUUCCUUAUCGUAGCAUGCAUCUCCUAAAAAAGCCCCCAACGCCUUUCCUUCUCACCCAUUAUACUCUUGACUGUCUUAUUGACUGACUUACAGAGGCAAAUUUUGGCUUUUCUAAAACAUUUAACAUUACCACUUUCUGAUUGUUAUCAAUAUUUUAAACAGGGCACAUUGUUGAGAUGCAUCCUUUCUGGUUAAUAGAUAUAUUCCUAAGGAGCUUUGUAAUCACUUAAGCUUAUCUUUCAGGAAUAACAACCACUUUAACUUUUUAAAAAAUAUUUUGAACUGUUAUGAUAAUUUUGUUGUCUUUGUCUGGAAUCUCUUCUGUUUUUCAUUCUUAUUUUUAAAAUGCAAGAACGUAUAAAUCACUUUUUUCUCUAACACUUGUUUAAUACCUGUUAGGAGCCACAUUCAUUCUCUGGGUCUUUCAGAUGAUUUCAAAUCAUAGUAGCUUUCUUAAUAACAACCUUUUAUUACUACUCCAGAGACUAUACUACUGACAACGUGGGCCAACUAACUACUAGCUUGAUUCCAAAGUAUAGCAAUGUAAAAUUAAUAGGGUAAGACAUCAGUGAGGAAAAAUCCCAGUUAAGUACUAGAAAAUCUGGUGGUCAUGUCUAUUUAAAGAGAAUGUUUUGUCAUCUCUCAUUUUAGAAAUUAUGUAACUGGCUACUAUGGUUUAAUUAAUAGUAGUAACAUCUGAUGACCACUGACUGCUGAAAGUUCUAAAAAGAGUUUUUGUUUUGUUGAAAAGCACAUUUGAGGCAGAAUCAUUCCCCUGUCUCUACUGGGUGACCUAAACUUUUGAUCUGAAGAAAUGUAGUGGAGAAACGUUGCCAUGUUAGGAUAGUGAUGAUAUUCACAUUGUAUGGCUGUUAAAUAUUAGUACAUUGUAGAAUGUAAAGGGAUUGAUUUAAAGUUAAUUUUUACAAUUUACGUCAAUAUUUUGAAUGUGUGAAUUUUUUCACAGGAGAAUGUAUUAAAUCUUGCUGAAAUGAAAGAAAGGGCAAGAAAGAGACAUUGCUGGUAUCUCUAGUAUGAAAGAUUUAAGGGAUUGUAGCAAUAUAUGCAGAUGAAAUUAUAUAGUAUAGCAGUAAUUGUGUCACUUGUCAUAUUUAAAAAUAGAAUAACUAUAUUAGAGACCUAUAAUAUAAAAGUACUCUGUUAAUGUAAAAAACAAAGCAAAUAUAAUUCUUUUAGAAUAUAAAAUUUGAGCAUUCUCUGCUAAGCAGUUCUCAGAUUAAAUGCAAGGAAUGUUUACUUAUUUUCUGCAAUAUACUAUAUGUAACAGGAAACUCCUAGAAAAUGAUACUUAGGAUAGAGUGGCAGUGACUUUCACAUUUUCAUAACGUAACUCACUUCAUGCCAAUCUUGUAGUCAUUCACUCUUAGAAACUUUGUUGCCUGAUAUUGAGUAUGUGACUUUAAUUUCUUCCAUUUGGCAGUGUAUGUCUAUAAAAAUAAUAAAAUUUAAAAAAAUGACAAAGUACCUAUGCCAAACAGUACUAUGCAUUUAUUUAAAAACCAAAUAUUAUAAAUAUUUGAUAUUUUAAAACAUUUUUAAUGUGAUGUCUUCCACAGCGGAGCCAUAAACUUCAGUUCUCUCAACCUUUUUACAAGACUCUGUAAUUUAAAUACAUGCUCAUUUAGUUUACUUACUGGAAGUUAACCUAACACUGAAACUGAUAUAAAAUGUUAUGUUUAUUGCUUAUUAAAAUGUUAUUGUGCUUUUAUAAAUUCUUUAAAGAGCAUGGCUAACCCAACAAGACAAAAAUGUCUAACACUACAUUUUCAUUUAAAAUCAAACAUCAAUCAGAAAGUGUUUUACUUAGGGCAGUGGUUUGAAGCACAGGGAAUAAGCCAAUGUAAAAUUGACUCAAGGCAUAUUACUUCCCAAUUAGUAACAUUUAGAGCCCAACUGAUUUAGUAUUUAAUGAUAUUCAGGCACAUUUGAUAUGAAAUAAGAGUUUGACCAUGAUUCAGCAAAUCAAAAUUGAACUUUUUAUAGAGUAAAGGAAGGCAAGGAAAAAAAUAGGGAAGUCAAAGAAUAAAAUUUUUUAAGAACACAAGAUUAGUUUACUUCUCCUAAAAAUGAAUCUGACCCUGUCCUUCAAUUUAAGCAUAUAUAAAUGAUCAACCUACUUGACAAAUAUCUCUUGUGAUAUAAAUACCCUAGUCUCAGUUUAUUCCUAGAAGUUUCCUCCACCUUUGAAAUGGGUAUCUUUAGCAUCUAUCUCAUUGAUUUAGAACGUUCUUCUGUUUUGAGAUAUUAGCCUUUAAAUCUUUAUCCAUGACAAAUCCCUACCCUGCAUGGUAACUCCUAAGUGUUUUUCUAUGAUUCUAAUUUUCAUCUAGUCCUCUAUUAUAUUAUUAAAGUAAAAUUGGAAUACCUA